AUGAUUGUCAUUGUGUCGGAUUAUGUUGAUUAUUUCACUGAUUUUUGCGUGGCGCGGACCAGCCUGCCGGAACGCGACCCCGAGGUGGUGGUGCUGGGCGCUGGGGUGGCGGGGCUCACGGCCGCGGCGCACUUGGUGGCCAACGGCGUGGGCAAGGUGACGGUGCUGGAGGCGCGCUGCCGGCCCGGCGGCCGCGUGCAGUCGUCCUUCCUGGGGGACGCCGUCGUCGAGCUGGGCGCGCCGUGGCGGACGUUCCACCACGUGGCCGACAACGCCGUGGUGCGGCGCGCCAUCGUCGACGGCUUCCUGCCCGGCGGCUUCGGCGACGGCUACCCGUGCAGCCCCAUGCGCGCGGACGCGGCCCGCACCCUGCUGGUGGGCGACAAGGGCAUGCCCGUGGCCACCGCGGUGGCGCAGUGCGCGUACCAGCUCGCCCGCGACAUCGAGAACGAUCUGUCUGGGAGCGCGGGGUCCGGCGAUGAGCUGGUGGGGCACCGCGCGCGGGUGGCGCUGCAGGCCGUGCCGGCCGAGCACCGCGACGCCACGGCGCGCGUGCUGACGGGGCUGCUGUGCGCCCGGCGCCUGCGCUCGCCGCGGGACGCCGCCUUCCAGAGCCGCGACCACGUGUGCAGCUACCUGGGGCUGCCCGGCGCCGGCUUCCGGGUGCCGCUCGGGCACGUGGCGGCGCUCGAGCCCCUGCUCAAGACGCUGGGGCCGUCGCGGGUGCGCUACGACAAGGCCGUGGCCGCGGUGCGCUGGGGGAUGGUGCGGGACCAGCGCGCCGUGGUGCAGUGCGAGGACGGCGAGGAGCUCCCCGCCGACCACGUCAUCGUGGCGCUGCCGCUGGGCGUACUCAAGCAAGCCCAUGGCUCCCUGUUCCUGCCCGGGCUGCCCGCCGACAAAGUGGACGCCAUCGACCGGCUCAAGGUGCAGCCCCACAACCGCGUGUUCCUGGACUACGAACGGCCCUUCUGGACGUGGCUGGAGGAGCUCCGCCUGGACCAGAACGCGGCCGCCGGCUUCGUGUUCGACGCCGGCCAGGACCACUGGCUGGCGGGUGUCUCGCGCCUGCUGCCCGUCCGCGGCUCCAGCCACGUCAUCAAGGUGGACGUCAUGGGGGAGGCCGCCAGGACCCUCGAGUUCAGCAGUGACGCCGAGGUGAUCGAGACCCUGACCCAGUACCUCCGCCAGUGCUCGGGGUGCAGCGACUUCCCCUACCCCACGGCCAUGGUGCGGACGGCGUGGAGCACGGACGCGCUGAGCUGCGGCGCCUACACCGAGUACCCGAAGCACGAGGACGGCAAGCUGUUGUCGCAGACACUGGCCGCACCCGUGCACCACGUCCUCUUCUUCGCCGGCGAGGCCACCAGCCACAGGUACCUCUCCACGGUGCAGGGCGCCGCACUGUCGGGGGUGCGCGAGGCGGACCGCGUCCUUGAGCGGGUCGAAGCGUCGCGCCAGGAGAGCGCCUUCUGCCGCCAGCGGAGCCCGUGUUGA